AUGGCGCCACACCUCCUUUCACGGUCGCAGGGCGACUUCUUCCUCAGAGGUCUCACAGCGGAUCCACCACAACGAUCCGACGGGCGCCAUCUUCUCGCCUUUCGCUCUCUUCAGAUCGACACCGGCAUCGCUGCGCAAGCGAACGGCUCUUCACAGAUCACACUAGGAGGCACAGAAAUUUUCUGCGGUAUCAAAGCAGAAGUCAGGAGCUUCGGUGAUGACAGCGACGACGAGGACGAAGAGGCCGAGUUCCAAACGCAGGAUGACCAAGAGCUCGCUUCAGAGAGCAGGAAGACAGGGAGGAUCAAGUGCUCGGUUGACUACUCUCGAUCACUAGUGCAUUCCUUUGACAACAAGCUGCUAGAUGCACUGUCAAUAUCACUAUCUUCCAUGGUCAAUGCCGCCUUCUCGCCGAGAUCAUGUCCCUUGCCAUUACAUCAGCUACUCAUCAUUGCCAACGAAAAGUACUGGACAAUAUACAUCGACCUUCUCGUCAACUCCCUCUCCGGCGGUAACCUGUUCGAUGCAGCUUUUGCGUCUAUAUUUGCCGCAUUCUACGACACACGCGUCCCUGCCACUCGUGGUGUCGCUUUUGAAGCACCAGCAACACUCGACCAAGAAGGCAACGCUGUCCAAGGCGCUUUUUACAACUCGACAGGUGAUCUCGAUCAGAUGGGUAUCAAAGGUUUGCUCAAGAAGAAACCCAAGAACACUGCAUCUGGCUCACAACGUAAAGGUGCGGGUUCGUCUUCCAAAGUCGUCGACUUCGAGCUUGAGCACAGUGGAGAGGACGGUGCAGCACUAGAUGGCCGACACGACUUGCCGCUUUGCAUCACAGUCAACAUCUUGCCCAACAGCUAUCUGCUCGAUGCGGAUGUGGACGAGGAGGCAUGUGUUGGCUCACGAGUACAGGUGCUCGCAACACGCUCAUCGAAGGUGCUUUCGGUACGAACCGAAGGCACAGAAGAGAUCUCGUUCAAGCGUGUCAGCGAGGCCAUUCGCAUAGGAAGUCUCCAAGCUGCAAGGAUGGCCGAUGCACUCUUGAACCAGCUUGCAAGAUCCAGUGGGCUUGACGAGGAAGAGGAUGCAGAUGAGGCCAUCCAAGACGAACAAGUUCAAGCUUCAGCGCCGGGUUCGAUGGAAGUAGACGCAUGA